CUUUAUUGAGUUGUGCGAAAGACUCACAUACUAUGGCACCGGUCAACUACGUAAUAGCCCCUAUACUUUAGCCAUUGGCAUUGGAACUGCAGUCCCAACUAUUGGCUGACAUAUGACAGUGACCAAUUUUGUCCAACGUCCUCUGCCCCCGGGCUCAACUACCGGUGCCAGUGGUGCUCACGGCCAGUCCGGUGCCCUGGGGUACGGCCAGCGUGUAUCCUACGCCAUUAACACCUUCAAGCAAUUCUUCUUCUACACGACUCCCCUUCUUGGCGCCUAUUUGGCAGACGCACAUUGGGGACGCUUCAAGACGAUAUGCAUCUGUGGAGGAAUUGGCAUCCUCGCCCACGCUGUUAUUGUGGUUGCAGCUAUACCACAGGUAAUUUCAGCUCGCGCUGCAUCGCUCUCGACCUUCAUCGUUGGCAUAGUCCUCCUCGGCCUAUCCACUGGGGGUGUCAAGUCUAACUUAGCACCCUUCGUUGUUGAACAGCUGCCGGCCAUCGAGAUCAAAGUCAAGACACUCCCUACAGGUGAAAAGGUCAUUAUCGACCCGACAGCCACAGUAAACAGAGCCUACAUGCUAUGGUACUCUUUCACAAAUAUCGGCGCACUUUUGGGGAUUAUUUCAAUGCCCUAUAUCGAAAAGUACUCUGGGUUCUGGAUGGCUUGGCUUGUCCCGACCAUCCUCUAUUUGCUGUGUCCCCUUGUCAUGCUUUGGGGGCGUCGAAGAUAUAACCGUAUACCGCCUCAGUCGUCUGUCCUGAGUAAGGCUAUGAGGCUUUUGCUAUUCACGCAGAAAUCCCGCUGGUCAAUCAACCCAUUCGAAACAUGGAAGCGCUUUCAGCAAGGCUCUGUCUGGGAAACAGUGAAGCCAUCGUCCAUUGAACCCACACAACGCCCACAUUGGAUGACAUUUGAUGAUGCGUGGGUGGAGGAGAUCAGGCGUGCACUCAAGGCUUGCAGAGUAUUCUUUUGGUACCCGCUAUUCUUUCUCUGCUUCAAUCAGAUCAACGGCAACCUAGUCUCCCAGGCGGCCACGUUGCAGCUACAUGGCAUGCCCAAUGAAGUUAUUACCAUCAUUGACCCCCUUUCCAUUAUAGUCCUCGUCCCCUUCUUCCAGUUCUUCCUUUUUCCGUUACUACGCAAAUACAAGAUCAACGUCUCCCCUAUCCGGCGCAUCACCUCCGCCUUUUUUUGUGGAACAGCUGCCAUGGUAUGGGCUGCUGUUUUGCAAUACUACAUCUAUCAAAAGUCUCCCUGUGGGUACGAAGCCAACACCUGCAACUCACCUUCCACCAUCAAUAUAGGUGCACAAGCCGGAAUCUACUUCCUGGUGGCGAUGGGUGAGGUACUUGGGAAUACGACCCUCCUGGAGUACUCGUACACGAAAGCGCCAAAGAGCAUGCGAUCCCUUGUACAAGCUUUGGCUCUCUUUGCAAAUGCUAUAGCUUCCGUACUGGGACAAGCUUUCGUUUCAUUGACCAACGAUCCGCUCCUAGUUUGGAAUUACAUCGCCGCAGCAAUUCUGGCAUUCUGUGGAGGAUGCAUUUUCUGGUUCCAAAUGAGAGGCUUAGAUCGCGAGGAGGAUCACCUUAAUGCGUUGCGAGAAGGCGCUGUUGAUACGAGAGUCUCAGUUUCUCAGCCACUGGCCAAGGGUGUAUGAAUGAAUAUACAAGAUGGGAGCAUUAGUUUUGGGUCAGUUUGAACUGUUGCAGGAAAAUGAAUUGAUGGAGAUAUCAUGUAUAGGAGAUUAGAGAUGGUUCUAGGUUUCUUCAAGAAGC